AUGGAUAUGUUGACAACAAAAGAAGCAUUAGCGAAUUUUCCUGUUACUAUGCAGCCUACAAUAUCGAGCAGUUAUCAGUCUGUAGAAUGUGUUUUAUAUGGAAGCGUGCUGAAAGAACAUGAAAACCAGCUGAUUCAACGUUUACGUGGCUUAUGCGAUCCCGGACAAGUAAAUUUUAGUGAACAUGAAAUGAUCUUUAGUUUAAAAACAGGUCAAGAUCCUGAUGUCACUGUUCGAUUAAGGCGGAAAUUCGGUGGUCCGGAUGCGAAUAGUUAUCAGUGGCAUUUUCGUUAUAUGGGCGCUCCUGAACCUAGUGUAACUUGUCCAACACUUAUUCGAAAAUCAAUUGAUUCAUUGACAUAUUCACAUAAUAUGAUGGAAUUCGUUAAAACGCUUGGUCUAAGAAUGGACUAUGAAUUCAUUACCAAAGGCUAUUUGUUUAUGAAAGGCAAUAUUAAGGUUCUAAUUAAUAAUAUAACUCGGACAGAAAAAACUGGAACAUAUGAUCAGAAUGUGCUGAAACCAUUAUCAGAUUCACUUCUUAUUGAAAUGAGUAUUGCUGUACCUGAUUCUAAGGAAUAUCUCCCCGCAGCAAAAAUUCUUCGCGAUUUCGCUGAUCAAGUUUUGCCAAUUUGUGAUAUGCAAAAAGUUGAUUAUUGGAGGCGUCAAUAA